AUGUCUUUAAUUCAUCCAGAAAGCAACGAAGAAGACUCACAGUCAGCUGUUGUGUCAUCGAGCUGUGGAGUGCACAUUUAAAUUCAAGAGUUAACAAAGUAGAAUUUAUAGAAAUAUAUGUAUUUUUGAGAAUAAAAACUGUGUUCCUUUGUCACUUCAGCAGUAGAAAUGUUAAAUAAACAUUUUUGCGCUAUUCUCACCUAGCAUACAAGCUAUCUACAUGAGGAAGUACAGUUAAGUGAAGUAUUGUCCGUGCAUUAAAGAAAGAAAUGAGCAGAAAAAGAGCCCUGAUCGCAGACACGUUCUGUUUAACAAAGAGACGCAGAUGUGCAGCUGACAGUGAGACAGCAGAUGGAGCAGCUGAUGUCAGGUCAAGCUUGCAGUAUCUCAUGACACUGUUUUCACGAAAGCUCUUCAAUGAUAGUCUUCCACCAGUCGUCUUAAAACAUCAGCUGUACAGUUUACACAAUGACAAAACCUUAGUGGACAAGCAGGUGGUAAGAUCAGAUUGCAUUGCCUGUAUGGAUGUAUUUAUAAUAGCCUUAACGCAUUCAGAAGCUCUGGUCUUCUCUUUUCCUCAUCAGAAUGAGUUGAGGGAAAACGGCGAGCUGUUGAUGUUCCAGCUGGGGUUUGACUCCGAGGCCUUCGCUUUGGUGUUCGCUGAAGAUUACAGAACUAAAGUCCUGCAGGGGGAAGCUGGCAGGGAAACAUUGGGAACUGUAGAGAAAUUUCUGGCCAAACUAAUACCCGGCUGCUCCGAUUUGAGUUUCAACAAGGAAAAAAUGCUUAAUGAGUUUCUCUUCACAGACCGAGAGAUUACGCAGCUGGUGAAAUCAGGCGUCCUCACUGUGAGGGAUGCGGGCAGCUGGUGGCUUUCAAUCCCCAACUCUGGCAAAUUCAUUAAGUACUUCAUUAAGGGACGCAAAGCUGUUCUCGGCAUGGUUAAGAAAUCCAGAUACGGGGAAAUCCUCAGGACUGAAUUGGAGGAACGCCGCACUACUUCACAGGUCCAAUUCCAGAUGAAGUAUCACGUUCAUGAUAUAAUGGGAGCAGAGUUAGUAGAGUGCAUACAGACAACAUCAGGGACAUUAUUACGAUACGUGGACUGAAACGAAGAGCUUAACUCUCUUGACUUGAAGUGAACUUUGUCAUGUAUUCAUUGCCAUAUUAUUUUGGUUACAAACAGCAGAAUCAACUGUGCACAGUAUAUAUAAUAAAAUUUUGCCAAACUU